AUGGCUAGGAGCCCGCCAGCCCGAUGGGCUCUUUUGCUCUCUCUGGCCAUUCUUAUCGGGUGCUUGGUUGUCCCCGGUUUUGCCGUGAAGCGCAAAGACUUCAAAACCUGCGAGCAGUCCGGAUUCUGCAAACGAAACCGAGCCUAUGCCGACAACGCCUCGGCUCUGGGAACAUCAUGGAGCUCCCCCUACGAGCUUGACCCCGCCACCGUGCAUUUCAAGGAUGGUCUUCUGACAGGCAUCAUUAUCAAAACUACAACCACCGAUGAGAAGGUCCGGUUACCCCUCACGGUGUCCUUCCUGGAAUCGGGAGCUGCCCGCAUUUUGGUGGAUGAAGAGAAACGACUACAGGGUGACAUUGAGAUGCGCCACGGUAGCCAAGCGAACAAGAAGCGAUAUGAUGAGGCCGAGCAAUGGGCCAUCGUGGGUGGCUUGGAUGUCAGCAAGUCGGCUACCUUGAACGCCCAGAGCGAAACUGGCUUUACCAACGUUCUGUAUGGACCGGGCGACAAAUUCCAAGCCAUUGUCCGUCAUGUGCCAUUCGGAAUCGACUUCCAAAGAGAUGGAGAGACACAUGUUCAAUUGAACCACCAGGGUCUGUUGAACUUGGAGCACUGGCGACCCAAGGUGGAAGUCCCAGAAGGCGAAACUGCUGAGGACGAAAGCACCUGGUGGGAGGAGACAUUCGGAGGAAACACAGACUCGAAGCCACGUGGCCCCGAAAGUAUUGCUCUCGAUGUCACCUUCCCCGGAUAUAGCCACGUCUUCGGUAUUCCAGAGCACGCAGAUUCGCUGUCGCUCAAAGAGACCCGAGGAGGAGCUGGUAACCAUGAGGACCCUUACCGUCUUUACAACUCCGAUGUCUUCGAGUAUGAACUCGAAAGCCCGAUGACUCUGUACGGAGCCAUUCCUCUUAUGCAAGCCCACCGCAAGAACUCAACUGUUGGUGUCUUCUGGCUCAAUGCCGCAGAGACUUGGAUCGAUAUCGUCAAGUCCACUGUCUCUGCCAAUCCCCUUGCUUUAGGCCACAGCUCGAAGAAGAAUACACACACUCAUUGGUUCUCGGAAUCUGGCCGCAUCGACCUGUUUGUGUUCCUUGGUCCUUCGCCAAAUGACAUCAGCAAAACCUACGGUGAGCUCACUGGAUACACGCAGCUACCUCAGCAGUUUGCUAUUGGGUAUCACCAGUGCCGCUGGAACUAUGUCACGGACGAAGAUGUGAAGGAAGUCAAUGCAAAGUUUGACAAGUACCAGAUCCCGUACGAUGUGAUCUGGCUCGAUCUUGAAUACACAGAUGAUCGUAAAUAUUUCACUUGGGAUUCUCUCACCUUCCCCGACCCCAAGGGUAUGCAGCAAAAGCUUGAUGAAAGUGAGCGCAAGCUUGUGGUAUUGAUUGAUCCUCACAUCAAGAACACGGACAAGUACUUUGUUUCCGAGGAGCUCAGGAGCAAGAACCUUGCAGUGCUGAACAAGGAUGGUGAGAUUUACGACGGCUGGUGCUGGCCAGGUUCCUCGAACUGGGUCGAUUGCUUUAGUCCCGCGGCACGCGCUUGGUGGGCUACCCUCCACAAGUUCGACAAGUUCAAGGGAUCUCUUCAAAAUCUUUUCAUUUGGAAUGAUAUGAAUGAGCCCUCGGUCUUCAAUGGGCCUGAUAUGACGAUGCCCAAGGACAACCUCCACUACGGUAACUGGGAACACCGCGACAUUCAUAAUGUCAACGGACUGACCCUUUUGAACGCCACCUACGAGGCAAUGCUGGAGCGCAAGAAGGGUGAGGUUCGCCGGCCAUUUAUUCUUACGCGCUCCUACUACUCUGGCGCUCAGCGGGUGUCAGCGAUGUGGACUGGAGAUAAUCAAGCUACCUGGGAGCACCUGGGGGCUACUAUCCCCAUGGUUUUGACCAAUGGUAUUGCUGGUUUCCCGUUCGCUGGUGCAGACGUUGGUGGUUUCUUCCAUAAUCCUGACAAAGAGCUUUUGAGCCGUUGGUACCAGACCGGUAUCUGGUACCCCUUCUUCCGCGCACACGCUCACAUUGAUACUCGUCGACGAGAGCCUCAUUUGAUCAGUGAACCACACCGAUCCUACAUCGCCCAGUCUAUUCGUUUGAGAUACCAGCUCAUGCCCGCUUGGUACACAGCUUUCCACGAGGCUUCCGUCAAUGGAACCCCGAUCGUGCGACCACAGUACUACGUCUUCCCGGAGGAUGAGCAAGGCUUUGCCAUUGACGACCAGCUGUAUCUUGCCUCCACUGGUAUUCUCGUGAAGCCAGUCGUGAAGGAAAACACAAACAGCGCCGAUGUUUACAUUUCCGACGACGAGAAGUACUACGACUACUUCGAUUUCGCAGUCUAUCAGGGUGCAGGUAAAAAGCACACAGUCCCUGCGCCAGAGGAGAAGGUUCCCGUCUUGAUCCAGGGUGGUCACAUCAUUCCCCGCAAGGAUCGCCCUCGUCGCAGUACCGGACUCAUGCGCUGGGACCCUUACACAUUGAUCAUUACCCUCGACAAAAACGGUGAGGCCGAAGGAACUCUGUAUGUCGAUGACGGCGAGACCUUUGAUUACGAGCGUGGAGCGUACAUUCACCGCCGCUUCAACUACCGCGAAUCGGCCUUGUCCUCGGAGGACAUCGGUACCAAGGGGGCCAAGACAACCGAAUAUCUCAAGACUAUGUCUGGCGUCACCGUCGAGCGGGUCGUGGUCGUUGACCCACCUGCUGAAUGGAAAGAGAAGCAGACUGUCACUGUGAUUGAAGACGGCGCCAAGUCUGCGUCCACCGCCUCUCUAGAGUUCUACGAGCAGGAGGGCGGAAAGGCCCCCUACGCCGUGGUAAAGAAACCCAAUGUCGGCAUUGGCAAAACUUGGCGCAUUGAGUUUUAG